AUGCUGGCCGAGACCCUGGGGCGAGCAGGAGGAGGCGGCCGCACCACGGGAGGCCCCGGCGCGCUGGCGGUCACCGCGGCGGGGGGGUCGGGCCUGGAGGGAGCGCCCGACGGCGAGGGCGUGGCGGCGGGAGCCGCGGCCGGCGGAGGCAGCGCGGCGGCGGGGGCCGCAGCGGGCUGGGGCGGCGCGACCGCGGAUGGAGGAAGGACGGCGACGGGAGCGGCGGUCACCGACCCCGACGCGGGUCUCGAGGCCGCUGGGCAGGAUCCGGCGGCGCUGACGACGGCCGGGACCGGGCCGAGAGCUGGAGGAGGCGGGUCGGGAACAGGCCCAACGCAGAUUGGGCUAGGUAUGGGCCCGGGUCUGCUAUCGACGCCUACGGCCCAGGAGAUUGCAGCCCGGAAGGGAAAAUCCAAGAUGCCCGGUUAA